AUGAGCAGGAGCCCACUCCAGCCUCAGCCACAACCCAUCGUUGCCGCCCGCCUGACUGUUGCCCACCAAGGUGGACCUUCCUACUACUCUACACCACGCCCGUCCGGGCCCGCGGCCGGCACUGCGCACGUGCACGCCAUGGGUGUGAGCUCUAAGCCACCCAAGAAGAAGCGUGGCCGCCCGCAAAAGAACACCCUGGAUGGCACCAUGCCGCCAACUAUCUUCCCGCCGCCAUAUCCUACUGGUGCCGCUGCUCCCCCGACACCUGCUCUACCCUCGAGCUCCACGUUGGGAUUGCGCCUGUGCGUUGGGAGCCCCCAUGCGCCACCAGCACUGCCAUCACCGAUACCACCACUACCACCACCACCACCUGUAGAGCAUGGAACACAUCCAGUGAAGCAGACGAGGGUAUGGCCGCCGAGCUCCAUGGCUAGCAAGAAGCAGCGACAGAUGGCAGUAGCAGGGCCUGCUGCGACUGGAUUAAUUCCACAGGUUAUCACAGUCCAAGGUGGAGAGGAUGUAACAACAAAAGUCCUCUCCUAUUGUGGGAAUGGGUUGGCAGUUCAUAUCUUCUCUGCCAAUGGUGCUGUGCGUAAUGUGACACUGCAGCAGGCAAAUUCUCCUCAUGAAAGGUGUGCACUCAAUAUGCAGGGUUGUUUUCGCAUCCUCUCUUUGUCUGGCUUGUAUUUGCCAUCCAAAACUAAUGAACUGAGCACUCGAAAGGGUGGAUUGGCUAUUUCGUUUUCCAGUCCCGAUGGCCGCGUCUUCGGCGGUGGGUCAGCAGGACCUCUGAUUGCAGCUUCACCUGUUCAGGUGGUCAUUGGAACGUUUCUAGCCAACUAG